GUUACGACAAUCAGUAGAAACCCGGCGGACCCGGGUUCAACAGGUUUAAAUCUGCGGGAGGAAUCGCAAUUGCUUUACAACAAAUAUUACCCCAACCUUAACGUAUCCGGCAUCCAUGAGGCACCCGCAUUGCGCUCAGAAAGCUCCGCAACUCGUGAAUGGAUCAUGACGGCACUACGCAGCAGCACGGGACAAGAUAGACUAUUCGCCAUGGCCUACCUUGUCACUACACAUCCCAUGCUGUCAUUACGUUAUCUGGAUUCUCUCAUAGCUUCCAUAGUUCCGUCUAAACAGCGUGAUUGCAUUCGAGCUAUCGAGGUUACUCACCAGUUAUUCAUCCGGUCACUGCUUCCGAGCCAGCGUAUUCUGGUACCUUUCGACCUCCGGCCUGUCCACCCGCUAAAUGGAGUUUCAGUCGCGCAGCGUUCUGAGAUAUUAUGUCUUUGGUAUUUUGAAGACCAGUUGAAAUCCAAAUACCUGCAUUUCAUCAAAGCGCUUGAGCGAUUGCUCUUGAGUGACACAGUGGAAGGGUUUAAGAGGAAAGCUUUGAGUAAGUCCUGUUUUUUAAUUUUCUUUCAGUGCGUAGAUGCUCUCUCAGACUUAGCAGUGAAGUCACCAGAAAACCGAGGGGUAUGGCUGCGAAUUCUGUAG